UCACCCUCGUACGCUGUGCAGUCUCUGAAAGUUCGGCUCGCAGCUCCGGAACCUGCGCCUGAUGUAUAAAUGCAAUACAUCGUCUCACCGAAAGGAGAAAGAAAAACAGCUAAGCUGUUGCGAAUAGUAACCUGACAACUAAAAUUCACUGCUGUCGAUACCUGUGAGGAAAUGGCUUUCUGUCACGCUCUGGAGAAGUUUGUCGGCUUUGGAGUUUUCAACAAAACGUUGUUGACUGCUAUCAUCAUCCUGAAAACGUGGCAUGAAACGUUGAGCUACUUCGGACACUUGUUCGUGCUGCUAACGCCUGACAACCAAUGGUGUGUCAACAAUGAAAGCGAAUGGAAGGUGUUCAACGAAUCCACAAUGAAACCUGGAGCCUGCCAGUUUCUAGAAGGGUCCAAAGAGAGCGGGAACUUAACAGUCAUCGUAGACAAAGAUUCCACUUGCGAUUCCGGUUGGAUCUACGACGAUAGCAUAUUUCUCACGGCUACCAUGGAGAAAGGCUGGUUGUGCGGGGAGAGCAAUCAGCUGUACAUCAUUCAUACUUGCCACUGGGUUGGUUCUAUCGUAGGAUUUCUCAUGUCAGGAUUCCUAGCUGACAGGUUCGGAAGAAAGAAGACGAUUUGUGGAUUGCUUCUGAUGGUCAUACUGAGUAAUCUGGGAAGCGUAUUGUUUACUGACCACACCACUUUCUCAAUCUUCCGUUUCUUCUCUGGUGCUGGUACAUACACGGCGUCCACCUCUUGUUUUAUACUGGUCAUGGAAUACACCAUUGCAUCGAAACGGACACUGGUGGCGUUCAUCUGGGGAUUGAACUGGACGAUUGCAGGCACUGCUUACCCGUGGUACGCCAGCUACAUUUCCAGUUGGCGGGGACUCUUCAUCACCACAGCUGCAGUGGAAGCUGUGUUGCUAUUCGUUUUCUGGUGGGCGCCGGAAUCAUCUUCGUGGCUCUUAUCUGUGGGCAAGAAAAAGGAGGCUACAGUUAUUAUGCUCAGGAUAGCGAAGAUAAACGGAAAUGUCGUCACUGAAGAACAAAUGGAAUCGUUCCUAUGCCAGAAGGGUGAUGACGAUUCCGAAAACACAUGCAUGGGAGACACAAGGCAAUUUUGGAGAACAACUCUCGCGCUGGUGGAGACACCCAGGAUUCGUCGCAACACCCUGCUCAUUUUACCAAUAUGGUGCAUGAUAACGAUGUGUUACUACGUGGGCUCCCUGCACUUGGGUCGCUUGGGCCUCGACGUCUACGCCACGUAUUCUGUGACGGCCGCUUUUGAGCUUCCCGUGAACAUCAUAUGCAUAUUGGUGCUCGAUCGCCUGGGGCGACGGUGGCCGAACUUCACCUUCAUGUUAAUCGGCGGUGUCGUCAGCAUCAUAAUGGUCAUCGUGAAAACAGACUCUGAUGCUUGGACACUGGUGAUGGCUGUGACGUUCAUGACUUGUUUCAUCGGGAGCUUCAACAUCACCUCCCAGGUCGGAACAGAGAUAUUCCCGACGGUUAUCCGUGCCAGAGCCGUUCUUUUACAACAGCUCAUGAGCAGCAUCGGAAACGUGUUGGGGACACCCGUCGCUGCAACGAUUCGAAUCUUCCAGGAGAUGCUACCGUUGCCAAGAUUCUUCCAAGGUUUCGGUGGCAGCCUACACCACAGAACGAAAGACAUCUUGGAAGAUUUUCUUUACUCUGUUUGCGCACACGCAUUAGGAAACUAUAGGGUAGAAUAGCGUGGGCCAUGUGCCAUGGACGAGCAGUGACCAAUUGUCAUUAUCUUUGCAAGUGGAGUGGGACCAAUAUUUUCCUGUGCUCGUGUGUGGCAUAUUGGCUCUCAUUACGGCUAUGAUGCUCCCGUUCCUUCCAGAGACGGUCGGUCUACCUUUGCCGCAGACCAUCAGCGAUGGGGAGAACUUAGGCAAAGACAGGGCAUUCUGUUUCUGUCCCUGUAUACCAAAGAAAGAUACUCGCGAACAGAUGGGCAAGGAGGAACACACCAUGUCUAUGUUGACGAGCCACCAUGAUCAUAUUGUGCAACGACGUGUGUGAAAUAAAUUAAUGGCGAAAGAUACAGAGCUUAUGCUCAGCGCAAACACGGAUGGAACCUUUUGUAUUUCCUUGUGUCACGAGUACACAUCUUCGAGAGAGCACAACGUGGAGAGUCACUCAGUUGUUACCGACUUUCUGCUACACUUUAUUGACAUAUGCUACGCGGGUGGUACAAAAUGAUGAUAUUCAUUUGCCGUUUCAAGGUUUAAUUUUAAUGCUUUAAGGUAAACACACUCGAUCGAGUUACGUUCACUCCCGCCAACGGAUGGCGGUACCGUUCGAAAUCUGUUUUCUUUGUUUUGCUUUGCUCCCGCGCUGCAAGGAAAUAAUGUAAUCGCCGCGUGCGCGUCUGCUCCCUCAUCUCGGGGGCCUUCAAGAAAAUUCCUUUCUUCUGUUUCUCUUGUUGUUUCUCCUGCUUGCAAAGACGCUUGCCUGUAAUCGGGUUGUGCAUUGAGGUUUCUCCUGUGUUCUGCUACCGCUUAGCCGGCGUUCACACG